AUGGGUUUAGAUGAACUGAGCGUUGCUCAGCAGGAGCUUUUGCAUCCACUCAUCAAACUUAAGCGUAAAACGUCUCGGGAAUCGCUUGGAAGUUUAUCAGAGCUAGUAAGCGGCCUAUCUCGGCUUUAUAAUGAGUUUGCGGAUGGUAUUCACCAGUUAGAAUUAAAGGCCAGCAAUUUUUCAUUUCUUACCGGUGUAUCAAAUCCCAGUUCAUCUGAGGCACUGCGUCAAAUUCGAAGUGACAUAUCCUAUUCUGAUGAGACUGUACACUUAAUUACGAAAGAGCAAAAAGGUUUGUAUGCCGUUUGGACUGCAAUAUUUAGACUGUUGUCCCUCACUCGCAAAGAUGCAUCUCAAUUUGCUUCGCUGCUUACCCAAAGUGUUUGUGAUCCGUUGACGCUAUUGUGCGAUGAGUUCAGUGAAGGUUUCCAUGAGCCGGUUGAUCAGCUUGAAAUGAGCGAUGUUCUCAAUUUCAUACCAAAUCUGAAGACGCUGAGGAUGGCUCCAGCGUUUCAUCACUGCGGCGCACGCAAAUACGUGGAAAAUGUGCUCAAAGCGUACCGCGAUUUACAACAAUCAUUGGAAAACGAGAAAGAGGUAGUUGGUGAUGCUAUUGGUAUAAAUGAUGGCAAGUCUCAAGCUAAGGCAGUGAAUAAAACGGUGAAGGCUAAGAUAUCGUUAGGAAAGCAUAUUCAACAGCUGUUUGAACAGGCACCUGCAAUGAAGAUACUAAUUUCUAAGGGUGUUUCUAAAGACGUCAUCGAGAAAUUGGCAACACUGAAGCUCAGGAAGACGCCACAUACAGUGGGAGAAAUUCAAACUAACCCUGCAGACUUUCAUGAACGUUUCUGUUCUCUAGAGAAGCGCAGGUUAUCCGUGUUUUCCUCAUGUCUGCAGAUUUUGGUUGAAGCGCUUGUGAACUAUGAUCGCAGUUCAUAUAAUAACUUAAGUGAGCUAUAUCAGGCAACAGUGGAGUUUUCACCUGAAGCUGAUUAUGGCCAAUUUGAAUCACUUAUAUUAGGAGCACGUGUAUCUCAUACAUCAGGACAUUCGCGAAUCUUUGAUGAGAUAUGGCUUCCAAAGGAGUUUGGGCAACUUGAUACGUUGAAGGUUGGUAAACAGUCUAGCGUUUACCCCGUAUUACACCAAUCAACAGAGGUUGAGGAUUUUAAUGAUGAUUCCGAAACAGUUGUUGACGCACCGAUUACGUCGCCAAGCAAAGGUGACAAAAGAAGACAAGUUGCAAUGGUUGUUAGAGACAUUGAGCCUUCUAUUUCGGGUGUGGAUGACUCGUCAGGAUCGGGAGUCUUGCAAUCAUCUAAUGCGUUAGAGUCACACACAACUCCAAAAAUACUGGGGAUAGCUACGUCAGGCACUUCAGAUGCCAUGGAGCAUCCAACAACUCUUACGGAUGGGUACAUCGACUGUAGCAAAAAUGGUACGUCUGUACUGAGUUCUCAUGGCAAUUUGGAGGGUUCUACAAAUGUUGGUGACACGUCGACUGCAACGCGGGAUAUUCAUCCAGAUGGUACAAUGCAACCGGAAAAAGAGCCGCAUCUGUUAUCUCCUCAGGUUGUGCAACCUGUCAGGUCGGCCGGUGAAAUUUGCCAGGGAUCAGGACGGGUAAGUAGAGACUCGAAUGUGAUUGGAAGGAAUCACGAAAAUUACGAAGCACCCCAAGAACACUCGACUGAAAAAGUAGAUACAGCCCGGGUUGAAAACAUGUAUGAGUGCGUGCUUCGUUGUGGCAGGGACAAUAAAGGUGGUACGCCUGGGAUUCGCCGUAGCAGCAGCGCACUACCUUGUUAUGUGCGUAAUAUAUCAAUUCCUCUUUAUAAGCACAUAAGACAUGACAAGAAAAAUCAUGGGGUCUCAGAAAAUAAGGAACAUGGCAACCAUGAACAUGUUGAACCGGAAAAAAAACGAGGUAAUAGAAAGUAUAAAGACACUGACUCUUCGUUGCCAAAUAUGAAGUACGAUAAUGAACAUGUUACGAAUAAUCCCGAAGAACCCUCUAAAGGAUGUAUUAAUUUCGAUUUCGAAACAUUUAAAACGGCUAAGGAAAUACUAUUGGCAACUCUUCGGAGAUCAGACGCAUAUUUUCUCGGAUUGUACCGCGAUUUUAGCGCGGGGAAACAAAAACCUCUCAAUUUAUUUGUUGAUGAGAUAAGUGCGAUGUUGGAUGACGACCCACGUAAUUUUCCGUAUCCGUUUGAAUUGCCAUCCCAUAUGAUGCGGAAACCGUCUGGUGGGAAAUUAGUACAAUCUUCGGCACCUGAGGCGCUUUGUGCCUCAACAGUUACACAAAUGGGGGCUUCGGAUUCCGUAGGGAAAACAUAUAAUUUAAACAUUCGCCGAGUAAUGCAGCUUCCAUACAAAAUUGAUGGAUCUAUGGAUGUGUGUCAGUGGAAUAUUUUCGCUCUCGAAUCAUUGCUGUUGUUGCACAAGCAUCUAUCCAGUUUUCUAACGCAUCCUUGCCUCUCAAACGAUUAUAAUGGCACCAUCAAAGAUUUCCUGCUAAAGAACUUGGGAAUAAUAGAGCACCUGGUAACCCGAAUACGUAAUUUCAUUGAGGUUUUCAGGAACCGCAUAAACAUUAGUCGACAACACUUCGCAGUUUUGGAUCUGGUCCUAACUCCCAGGGACUCGUUUGUUAAUACGAGCCCACAUAUCAGGAUACACCCAAUGGACGUACGUUAUAGGAUUUUGCUUCUUAUUGACUCUUUGUAUAAGAAUGAUGUUCCCUUGAGUAAUGGCAUAUUGUUCGAUUUAACAGAUUUCCAUAACUUUAUACACAGACAACUUUGUGUGCUAAAACUGUCAUUCUCCCAAAAGCUAGCGCGCGUGAUUCGUCGCAUACCUGUGCUUGAUGGUGACUUGGAUUCAAGAUGGCGAGGUGCGUUGGAAUCAGAAGACCCAAAGGCAAUUUUGGAUUUAAAAUUCACCUUUAAAGGCUCUGCAAAUGUGGAACGGGUUACUAAUGAAAUCUUGCUUUUAUUGUGUGAAUGUAUAGGAACACUAAAUAGUUUGCGACGUGUUUUGCUGCAAGGCAAGUGGGGAAGGAAAACAGUUCGUGACUCCGAUUGCACUAGCACGUAUGCUAAGCUGAUACAGUUGAUUAAGCGAACUGUGCAGCUGGAAGAUCUUGAUAAUACUUUAAUGGGCUUGUUACGAAUGUCUGAGAACUCACAGUUUGCUUCAACUCUCAACAAAAGCUGCUCUACAUGUGCGUUGAAAUCCGUUAAUGCGCCACAAAAGCAGGCGAUUUGUAAGAGAUGUUUGGAAUCCACGUUAGCAGAAAGACGUAACUCACUUAGGUUUUCAUGUGGACGUCGUGAUACACCAAAAGAGCUCAAGAUUCCAAUUUCAGAAGCGGAUGAGUAUUUCUGCACCCCCAUGUCCGUUUUCAAUGAUGAGGACAUUUCAGUUUUGAAGCGGGUUAGUGGUAGAAGAGGUUGUUUUAAUAUGUGUAUUUCUAGACGCAAUAGCCGGCACGUCGACAUGAAUGAUGCCGUAAUCAAUCCAUACUUUUUAUGUCCAAUGGAAACUGUAAAACUGUCUCGCACUUGGAAACUAGAUGAUUGGAUUGUACUUCGGAUAGCGUCAUGUUAUCAUCACUGUUUUGCAGACAAUCUUGCUUUUAGUGAUUGGUCCACAAAUUUCACAACUAUUGAGUAUGUGGUAUAUUUUAUAUCCACAGGAUCUUUGCUGAACUUCUUAUUGUUCAAAGAGCCGCAUAACGAGGGAUACACAGACAUCUGCACCCUGUUUAAUGCAUUGUUGAGCGUUGGUUCUAUGCAUACUAGGCGUAAUGAGGCCCCCUAUUAUCCCUCUGCAAACACUUGCUUUGCACGAGGAACAUCCGGUGCUGUCCGCGUAGAUAACGGGGGGUCCAUUGAACGCGAUUUAUACCAGGAUAUAUUUACAUUAUUGCAGGUUCCGCAUAAUGUUGCCGUAUUACCGAAGGUACUUGGUGACAUCGAUCUCUACUUGACUAUAGACAUGAGAGAGGCUGCAUCGUGUUUCAAAAAAAUGCACAACGUAAAUGGUGUACCAACAUACUCGUCUCUUCAGCAUUCUGAUUUACUCUCAAGGGAGAAUUUGAACGACCGCUUGUCGGCUACGAAGGUGCAAAUAGCUGGAAUGCAGUUAAAUCGCGCAGGUUACAAGGUAUAUCGUCUCGUUUUGGAUUCUAUUUGCUACAACAUACCUAUGAUGACCGCCCUAAGACGUAGCGAUUCGAUGUCUCUAAUCAACAGCUCUCCAUGCGAGCAAUUGGUGACCAACGUUUUGGUUUUGCGAGUGCUUACUAAAAAUUUUAGACGAACAGUUCUGGAACAACUAAUGCACUUCAAUCCGGAAGAAGGAGUAAAUGCGCUGUCAUAUAAGCUAUCAACCUUUGUGCUAAUAAAUAGGCUGUUAUUCCGGAAUGAGCUUGAAAUGAACGUAAAAGGUGAGGAGGGCCCCUUGGAUUCACAAUCUUUGCUUGAGGUGAAUGAAAGUGGUCUUAGUAUGGAUUUUAUUCUUCGCCGCGUUGUAGUGGAGCAGGCUAAAAAUGCAGUUAUCACAUCUUUAACAGGACUGGACGCCUUUAAGAUAGAUGAUAUUGACACACUUGGUGCGACAUGUAUCGACAAUAUUGUCACCUCAAUAAAGGAGCAUUUGAUGUUCGCUGCCGUUUGGGAUGAAUUUUUGCCAAAUGGGGACUUUGCAACCUUGUUUACCAAUGCUUGUAUUCAUUUCAUAAAGGUCGAGAUAAACAAGCGAACAAAUAGGCCCUUGGAUGUUUGUAAAGUGAUGCCAUCGGCGCAGAAGCUGCGCCUCCUUCAACGUGAAGUUGAAACCUCAAGGCUUGUGAAAACAAACGGAAACACACAACAAAAUGAUUUGUUAAAAGUGCUCCAAUUUUCUUUCCAAGACACCGGUGCUGUAGGGCGAGACCUUUUGGCCGAGCAUUGCGAUAUAAUGGAAAUUAUAGGCAUGAGCGAGCUCAAUAAGCGCCUUAGCACAUUCAAGGAUAUCGUGACACGUGGGAUGAAAAACGAAGAUUGGACACGGCUUGGGUCACAGUACCAUACGUGUGCUGUUGUGGAUAUGGCUACGGUGCUUAACGCCACUCUUAAUGCCACUCUUAGUCUGCGCGUGCCCUUGGAGAACUUGCUAGUCCCCCUUACGAGUUCACUGGAAAAUGUAUUGAAUCACUACUUUAUUACGGUGGCCGGUGCAAAGGUUGCAGAAACUAUUGAUCAGGCUUUCUCGUCACUUCGGAGUGAGUCAGGAUUGGCUGUGGAGGUUCUUAAGAAGUUGGGGAAUGUUGGCGACAUAGAUAAGACCUUACUACAGAUGAGCAAUAUGUUAUACCUUGGUAAUUACCUCACCAAUUGCCAGGAUAAUAUAUUGCAGUACUAUCACGGCAUGCUAACCGAGCGCUGUGAUGGCAGCGAUGAGGUACACCGUAAAUUGUCAACUGACGUGUACCGUGAUUCAAGCAAAUUCUUCAGUUUUGAUUUUGAUAGCUUUUUGGCAAUGAAGGAGCUAGCACUUGUACCUGCUUCCAAAAGACUAAUUCAGCGGCAAUGUGAACAUCACUUACAGACCCUAGCACGUUUGUGCAGCUUGAAAAUGCUGCACCCCAUAUCUACACAGCUAUACCAACCUACAGUUGUACAGGGCAAUCGUUUUCCGCAAUUCCUGGAUCUCAUUGAAGGUUUGUGUUUCAAUUUCUGUAAACUGGGUUCGACAUGUGGCCCGGCGCUGCUUGCUGUCUUUGAGGUGAGCUUCCACUGCCUGAUGUCUGCAUUCCAACGUACUCGAUGUUUGCGUCAAGAGCUUCCGCUUUUGCGAAAUGACUUAAGGUCAUUGGAACUGACUGCACAGAAGCACCAUCAGGACGUAUCCGACCUGGUGAUCGCGGCUUCGGAACUCAUAAAACAGUAA